AUGAAAAAAGUAUUCAAUGAGAAGGAAUGGACAGAUGUUGAAUCAAAAACCACCUCCAACUACUCGAAAAGCAAAACUCUGGCUGAAAAAGCAGCCUGGGAUUACGUUAACAAUAGUGGAGAAGUCAAAUACAAGCUUACAUGUAUCAAUCCCACCCUUGUAGUUGGACCUAUGUUACAUGACGUUGCUGGUGCAUCCGCAACGAUAAUUAAGAAGUUUAUGAACUAUGAAAUGCCUGCCGUUCCUGCUUUGUCUCUUGGAAUUAUUGAUGUACGCGAUGUAGCAGCUGCCCAUAUAAUAGCAAUGCGGAACCCAAAAACUGAUGGUGAACGCAUCCUUUUAACUACUGUCCCAGCGUUGUAUUUUAAAGAAAUGGGCGAAAUUCUCCAUAAGGAAUUUUCAAAACAAGGUUAUUAUGUACCGUGGAUACAAGUUCCUUAUGCAUUCCUUUGGCUGUAUUCGUUUUUUGAUGUCGAAGCUCGAGAAGUACUAAGCCGUGUUGGACCCCGGUUGCAAUAUGACAACACAAAAGCUAAGGAGUUGCUUGGUAUCGAGCUGAUUGAACCAUCUGAAUCAUUAAUUUCAAUGGCGUACAGUAUGAUUGAGCGAGGUAUGAUUCCCAAGAAAUCAGGCUACAAAAAGCGAUCGGCCGAGUGA